CUGGUGUAGAGCCGCCCAUGAGCAUUGGUAUCUAUUAAAAGGAGCAUCUGGCCAGCAUGGUAAUGAGCCGUGGUCGAUGGAGAUCGUGCAGAUUUGGAUGGUCAUGUACCCAAGACUUACUGGCACACAUAUAACGUCGCGAGUAACUGUUUUCUUCUUACGAGAUGCGCUUGUCGAUGUCACCGGCGUCUGUUUGAGACGUGACAUACUGCGUGCAGUGCUCGAACAUAGAACCGCUAGAAAUGCGAUUCUGCUACGGUUUCUGUGUACGGCUGCAUUUGUGUGAUUGAAAUCGGAAUCAGUGUUUAUUUCAUGAGCAGGAAGUGGCUUGGUUUGAAAUUAUAGUGCGACGCUGAUCCGUAUUUUGAAAUUGGGAAGUGUCAUUUUAUAUGGAUGAAUUUUGAGAUGUAUCUAUCAUACUUCGUUUUGCUUGUGGCACUGGUAUCCACAAACUGCGAGAGAAAUAACCCGUCUUGUAGCUGCUGGGAAGGUUACAAGGCUGAAUAUAACCAAAAUGGCUAUCAAUGUGUAGCCCUAUCAGAGUUUCACAUAAUGCCUUGCAAUAUGCCAAAAGCCCCAAAGUGUUUAUGUUCAGGAAAGGUCAGCAAUAUUCUCAAAGACAGAACAGGAACAUGGUGCACGAGAUAUAAAAAUGGAGCUGAAUUCAGGCGCUGGCCAUGUGAAAACACUAGAGAGUGGGACGAGUUUUUCAAAAAAUAUCCAGAUUUUAUAUAAUAACACAUUACAACUACUGAAGCUUACUAUUUAGUUUCCAUAUUCAUAGGUUUCCACUGAUUGGCGGAGCCAAACCAGAAAUAUGAUUCAGUUUCUGUUCUCUGUUCUUCAAGUACUUGAAAAAGGCCACCGGGGUGGCCGAAAUUUAAAAUAAACAGAAGUUUCUCUAAUUGCCACUCAUUUAACUGUAAGUCUAUGAUGUUCAUACUAUAUUGAUCUAUUUUUGGUUAUUUUAUAAUUGUAGACUACUCUCCAUGUAUGUUUUUAGUUUGUCUGUUCGUUUUAGAGGGUUUUGCCCCUAAUAAAAAAUAUAAAGCUGCCUAUUCCCC